CAUUUUCUCUUCUUCUUCUUUCCCAUUCCUUCACAUCCAAGUCCUCUUAUCAACCACAAAACUCAAACCCCUUCUCUUUUUCUACUUAUCUUCUUCACAUCUAUUUAUACCUCAAAUCUCUCCUCUCUCCCUUUCCAAAUCUUUUUUUCUCUUCCCAUUCAUCCCCUUUCAUACCAUAGAAUCUCAUGGCCUCCCUUUGAUCUCCCUUCCCUUCCCUUCCCUUCUCUUCCCUUCCCUUCCCUUCUUCCUUCUUCAAUUCUUCCCAACCCUACAUGUUAUAAUAUCAACUACUUAACCAUCUUUCCUUCUUCCCUUCUUCCCUUCCCUUCCCUUCCCUUCAUUCCAAUAAUUAAUCAAGAAUGAAAGAACUCAAACCAGCUAAAAGCUGUGAGCUUUGCCACCAAGAAGCUUCUCUCUACUGCGACUCCGACUCCGCCUUCCUUUGCUUUACAUGCGAUGCCCGGGUUCAUGAAGCCAACUUUCUCGUCGCUCGCCAUGUUCGUCAAACUCUGUGCUGCAAAUGCAAUUGUUUAACCGGAAACUUCAUCUCCGGCGCGAGAUCCCUGUCGUCUUUGAGCCCCAUAUGCCAAUCUUGUUUUCAAGAAAACCCAUUACAUUCAACGACGAUUACUAAUACAACUUCGUCUUCUUCGUCGGAUUGUAUCUCCAGCACUGAAGAUUCUGCGAAGAAGAUCGGAUCCAAUCACAACAUAAAGCGACGUAACAAGAUCAGUUCUUCUUCGAGUACUGUAUCGGAAGUUUCGGGCGAAAUUUCCGAUUUCCCGGCAAGAUUAUGCGGGGAGAAGCGCGAGAAAGAUGCGUCGAAGGCGGAGGGCAUUUUUGUAAUAUGGUGUAAGUGGCUGGGGCUAAGUGGUAAUUGUGAUGUAGUUUCUUUGGCUUGUCAGGUGUUUGAGUUGUGCUUGGAGAGGUUAACGGUACUGCCGAAAAGGGUGAGCUUAGCGGCGUCGUUUUGGGUGGCGUUGAGAAUGUACGGUGGGGAUAGAUCGAUGGGCUCGCGGCAGAAUCUCAGGAGGCUUGAGGAGGUCUCUGGAGUGCCGGCUAAGUUAAUUGUGGCCGUCGAAAGGAAGCUCGCACGUGUGAUGAGAGUAAAGAGGAGAGCAAGAUAUGAUUUAGAAGAAGGUUGGGCUGAAUGCAAUGCUUGAGUGGCACGUGCAAAAAUUAAGGGCAAUUAAUUAAUUAAUUUUUUUUUUUUUUUUAAUAGGGUAUAAAAUAUGAAGGGUUUAGUUUGAAAGGUGUGUAUGAACUAUGAAAAAAGAAAUGAAAAAAGAAAAAUGAAUAUAAAACUGACUGAUGUACUAAAUCAAUUUAGUAUUAAUGAUAGUGGAAGUUAUU